AAAAAUCACGAAAGGUGGUGGCUACCCUGUCGGAAACACUACAACACGAUACGUCAUUUCCGGAAAACCAUAGAUAAAGACAAAUGAAAGUACAAAUUGCUGCAUAGAUUAGGGAAUAUCAUUCUUUCUUUCGUAAACUGUCGAAGAAGGAAGAUUCAAUAUGGCGGACGCAGCUCCAGCCGGUGGACGUGGUGGUUUUCGAGGAGGAUUUGGUGCAGGGGGCCGCGGUGGACGUGGAGGCCCGAGAGGUCGUGGACGUGGUCGUGGCAGAGGCCGUGGUCGUGGAAAAGAAGAUCAGAAAGAGUGGAUUCCUGUUACUAAACUCGGCAGAUUAGUCCGGGACGGCAAGAUUCGUUCUCUAGAAGAGAUAUAUCUUUUCUCGUUGCCGAUAAAGGAGUAUGAAAUUAUAGAUUUUUUCAUCGGAUCAGAACUCAAUGAUGAGGUGCUUAAAAUUAUGCCAGUACAGAAACAAACCCGUGCUGGACAGAGAACUCGUUUCAAGGCUUUUGUAGCUAUUGGGGAUAGUAAGGGUCAUAUUGGUCUUGGAGUUAAGUGCAGCAAAGAAGUAGCUACUGCUAUCCGAGGAGCUAUCAUUUUAGCAAAAUUGUCUGUGGUGCCAGUUCGUAGAGGAUAUUGGGGUAACAAGAUUGGUCAGCCUCACACUGUGCCUUGCAAGGUUACAGGCAAAUGUGGCUCAGUUACAGUACGUCUGAUACCAGCACCACGUGGAACUGGCAUUGUGUCGGCUCCAGUACCGAAAAAAUUACUACAGAUGGCCGGCAUUGAAGACUGCUAUACUUCGGCCAGGGGAUCGACUGGUACUUUAGGAAAUUUUGCUAAAGCAACGUAUGCUGCCAUCGCAAAGACGUAUGCAUACCUAACACCUGACUUAUGGAAAGAUAUGCCAUUGACAAAGACUCCUUAUCAAGAAUUUGCUGAUUACCUGGUGAAGAAUCAUCGUACAGUGACCAGUGCUCCCCGUUCUGAAGCACUUUAAGGAGUGUUUUUUUAUAUGCCAGCAACAAAAAAUAAAAAAUUGAAGGAAACAA